AUGACUUUGGUUGUGGCCAGACACCUACUCACCAUGAAGACCUGUACCUUCGUGACGGGUAACCCUAACAAGGUUAUCGAAGUUAGCGCUAUCCUGGGAGAAUCAAUACCCAUAGAGCCUCUUGCAUUGGAUAUUCCAGAAAUCCAGGGGACGCUGGAAGAAAUCGCAAGAGAUAAAUGCCGACGAGCUGCAAGAGUUGUAGAUGGGCCCGUCAUUGUUGAGGAUUCGGCGCUCGAGUUCAAUUCCAUGAAUAAACUCCCGGGUCCUUACAUUAAAUACUUUUUGGAGUCGUUAGGAAAUGAUGGUCUUUAUAAACUUCUAUAUUCGUACACCGACAAAAGUGCACAAGCUGUGUGCACUUUUGCAUUCACUACAGGGCCAGCUAUGGACCCUAUAAUUUUCCAAGGGAAACUAGAGGUAUGUAAAAAGAACAAGCCCGAGGUUUCAAAAUGUUCAUAUAUUCAAAUCGGCUCUUUCAGGGCCAUAUUGUACCUGCAAGGGGGCCACCCGUGUUUGAACAAAUUGUCGCAUCGCUACAAGGCGCUGGUCAAAUUCCAGGAAUGGCUCAGGUCACAAGAUACCUCAAAGUUGGAAAAUAGUUCAUGA